AUGGGAUGCUGCUCUAGUAAGGAUGCCGGGGAUUCAUGCUCCAACGAAAUCAUACAACCUCCACCAUCGUCAGUUAUAUCCGAUUCUAUUCCAAAUAUACAAGAAUUGAAAGAAUUGCUCCCUGGAUAUGAUCAAAUCUCUAUAUAUAGUGAACAACCCGCAGAGACCCGUUUAGCUGAUGUUUUAGAGGAUGGCGGAGAUACCAAGAUGAUUGAAGAUAUUACCGAGGCCGCCGUCGAUGAGCCAAUCAAGGAGCUGGAGGAGAAGCCUGAGCUAAACAGCAUCAUAAUUCAUGAUGCCGCGCUGCUACACGAGGCGGAUAAGACCGAUGAAGUCUUCAAAAGUCUCGAUACUACACUGGAAGCUGCCAACGAGGGCAUUGGGGCUGUGACAACUGCCCCUAAGACUUCUAAAGAAGAUUCCUCAUUAGAAAAUGAAAUUCCAGCAGCAGUUUUAGCAGAAGCAAUACAAGAGGUAUCUAUGCCUGGAUUUGGGUGGUGA